CUUGAUUUUGUUUUUCUUUAAUAAUCCAACCGGAGCAGAGAAGAACCAAAUUACUUCUGUGGCACUCUGUUAUAACUGGACAUUUAGUGCGGAUGCGGCAAUCAGCUGUCCAGACAAUUCACUGGACAUUUCCCAUGGUAGAUUGUACGCUACUAAAAUGCUCCUAUUGAUCAGUUGAUCUUAAUCUUGUGAUCAAUGACUUACAAAUGGAUGGUAGGCAAGAUUAUUUUCAACAGUCAGUGUUGAAUAGUAAAUGGUUCAUCAGUUGGAUGGGAUGUAUGUAACUUAUACAUGCCCAUAUGCACAACGCACGUGGAUUGCUAGAAAUUAUAAGGGAUUGCAGGAUAAAAUAAAAUUGGUUCCUAUUAAUCUGCAAAAUAGGCCUGCUUGGUACAAGGAGGUCUACCCUGGAAAUAAGGUGCCUUCGUUGGAGCACAAUAAUGAAGUCAAAGGAGAGAGUUUGGAUUUGCUCAAAUACAUCGAUAGCAAUUUCAAAGGCCCGGCGCUUCUCCCUGAUGAUCCUGCCAAGGAGGAGUUUGUGGAAGAGCUGCUUUCAUACUCUCAUACCUUCAAUUCUGUCAGCUACAGAUCAUUUCCCCAAGAGACUGUACCAGAUGAAGUUGGUGCUACCUGUGAUCAUCUGGAAAGCGCUCUUUCCAAAUUUGAUGAUGGGCCAUUUUUCCUUGGCCAGUUCAGUAUGGUGGAUAUUGCUUAUGCUCCGUUCAUUGAAAGAUUACAAAACUUCUUUCUGGAAUUAAGGAAAUAUGACAUCGCCAUAGGCACGCCAAAGCUGGCUGCAUGGAUUGAGGUAUAUUCACAAUCAUAUGAAAUAUUAGUACAUGUCUGCAAUCUGCUUAUAUGUUUGAUUGCACUUAAGCAUAUAGCUUUAAUGGGUCUCUUUUAGUUUUGUUAGUACGUGGUUAAUCCAUGAAUUCCUCCAUCGGGAAUAGAAAUGCUGAGGUGAUUCCGUUUGAGAUUGAAGAACAACUUGUGGCGCAACUGCCAACGUGGCAUACAUGCAAGGGGUCUCUGUGCAGUGGUAUUAUUGGCGCCUAGUCCGAAAAUCGUGGUCCAUUCAUCAGGUGGGCUGUAUGUGGCAUCUUCUUUCUAAGAAUCCAUUUUCAUUCACAAGUGGCCCACCCUAUGAGUGGACUGGAUUGACUUUUGGGACAACAUGUUCAUGAUGGCAGCCACUUGCUCAUCCCAAAUCCUGUACAUGUUUGCCAUGAUAGUACAUCUUCAUCAAUCACUCCUAUUAAUUGCCUGAGCACUUUUGAUUUAGGAAAAUUCCAAUGAAUCAUCUGUUCUUGUGUUCUUACAACACUUCUUGCAUAAGCCUGUAACAAUUUUGGUAGAUUUUGUGGAGAAAUUGUUGCAAUUCAGCA